CAGGCUGGCUGCAUGAUCACUCACACACCUACAGCAGCCAUGCUUACGGAUACACUGCCAGCAGCACUGCCCGACCUCGACAUGGCGGAGUGCGGCAUCUGCUACCAUGACUACGGCCAGGCUCGGAAGCCACGCCCCCUGCCCACCUGCCGCCACGUUCUCUGCUCCGUCUGCCUGGAUCACCUGACGGCCCAUAGCGGCGAGGUCACGUGCCCCUUCUGCCGCGCGUCGUCGCCGCUGCCUAGCGACGAGGAGGAGGGAGCCGGUGACGUGACGGGAAAGGGGCCAAUCAAGUGGCUGAAGAGGCUGUAUAGGAAGUCGAAGGCGGGCUCUCGUCGCAGAGCAUCUUUGGCAAACGAAGACAUUCGUGACAUAGCCCUGAUGAGCUCUUACUUCAUGUGAUCCUGCCAGCUGGAAGCUCUGCUUGUGAAUCCUACUCUCGGCUCGGUGCCAGCUGGGCCUCGAGGACAUUAAAGUCUGGAUGCAGAAAAGGUGUGAUAAGGCGGAUGUGGAAACCGCAGGCGAUUCACCCCACCACUGUUUGUUACAUUAAUGACUCAUCAGCUGGCGUUGUCUUCAGAGCCAUACACUGAGACGGCCUUAGAACAGUGCCUACAACCUGCUGCCUGCGGGUGACCUCUGUCUGGUGGUGAUACAACGCUACAAGUCCUGGCCAUUGGAUUGUCUUCUGCACUUCAUCUAUGAAGUGACUGUUACACAUGUUCCUACAGGGUCUUAAGCUGUUGCCUGUGGAUGGGGCAGACCCUUUUACCUCCACAAGCGUAUAGUUUGGGCUGAUUAUCCUGAUUUCCGAUUGUUUUAAUAUACAGUUAGACAAAUGAUAGGUUCAAUUUACUCCGUAUACUAUAAACGGAAUGACAGUAUUGAGAACAGCGACCCUGAACUGUAUAGGGCCCUACACACUUUGUGGUCUGGCCGAUUUUGGCCACAAAUGAUAUUGUUGGGCUUUUUUUAAUUCAUACACACUGGACGAUUUUUAUGGUUGAUUUGGAUAAGGCAUUACAUUACAUCAAUAUCGUCCAAAUUGGCUAGCAUGAAUCAACGAUUAUCGACCAACGAUGAACGACUGCAGGGACGCUCAUCGUUGAUGCAUCCACACUGGACGAUUUAUCGUUCAUUUUUGAACUAUCGUUCAUAUCGUCCUUCAAUAUCUCCAAGUGUGUAGGGCCCUUAAGAAUGGUUUCUGCAUCUAGGAAUCUCCUCGCCCAAAACCAGUGUGCAUUAUAUAAUCCCGGAGGGGACUGUAUAGCUCAAUGGUCUGUUAUGUUGCUUAUUACUGUGGUCGCUUCCUGUGACCCUCUCCAGCUGAGCGCGCUGGUGCUUUCUCUAAUUAUUAUGAACUAAAAAUAAUCUGUUAUACAAACUGUUAUACAAACAUCUCUUCCUACAGAUGCACUUUAUUUAUGUUUUUUUAUAUAUAUUUAUUUAUAUAUGGUUUAAAUAUGUUAAAGUCUAAUUUCGUAAUAAACUUUUUUUUAUCAAGA